GGUGGGGGGGGGGCUAAUCAUCUCCUCUUUUGUUUUACUGCUCGGGAUGGACAGACUCUGGUAACUUCUCAGCUUUCGAGUAUGAAGUUGCUCCAUGGGCUAUGGAAGUGGUCCUGGAGUAUAUAAAGCAGAGCUAUGGCAAUCCUCCUGUCUACAUUCUUGAGAAUGGUAAACCGAUGAAGCAAGAUUUGCAGCUACAAAAGAAGGACACGCCAAGGAUUGAGUUUUUAGAUGCUUAUAUUGGCGCUGUGCUCAAAGCCGUUAGGAAUGGAUCAGACACGAGAGGUUACUUCGUGUGGUCGUUUAUGGAUUUGUAUGAGUUGCUAAGCGGAUACAAGUUUAGUUUUGGAUUGUACUCUGUGAAUUUCAGCGAUCCUCAUCGCAACAGAUCUCCCAAACUCACUGCUCAUUGGUACUCUGCUUUCCUCAAGGGCAACACCACCUUUCUUGGCUCCCAAGGCAUCACGC